AUGCAUCCGGACCAAAAUGAUGAGAGCGUUCCGGAUGACGAAGUUUCUACGGAGGCCGCGCCUCUAAUCCUUCCGUCUGAUCAUGAGACUGUUGCUCCUCCUGGUCAGGCGCAGCCUUAUCGCCGCCUCGGUUUGCUCUCUACAACAUUUCUGAUAACCAACCGCAUGAUCGGUACGGCAAUAUUCUCUGUACCGUCUGCUAUAGCACAUAGUACCGGAAGCGCCGGUGCAUCCCUGGUUGUCUGGGUUGCGGGUUAUUUUCUAGCAUUUUGUGGCUUCUUUAUAUACCUUGAGCUAGGCAGUCUUCUACCACACAAUGGCGGGGAGAAGAACUACCUCGAAGCUGCCUAUCCACAUCCGCGCUUAUUUGCGACCGUGAUAUUCGCAACGCAUGUUAUCUUUCUUGGCUUCACCGGUAUUGGAACUAUUGCCAUUGCAGAGAACUUACUCUUAGCUACCCAAGCAACAGCGAAUGACUGGGUGAAACGCUGUAUGGCAGUCACUCUUAUGACAAGCGUCGCAGCGAUGCAUAUCUGUGCGAAAACCUGGAAUGUUAAACUAAUGGUAAGGAGCCGUUCACAUCAUUUGAUACUCUCCACUGUCAACAUGGCUUACACCAGGCGCCAGAAUAUUCUUGCUUCACUUAAAUUGCUUAUCCUGGCUUUGAUAGUUGUAACUGGUCUUGGGCUCGUCAUUUUUGGGUCACCAAAUGUAGCUCACCCCGGCAUCAGCUAUGUACGCCCGUUUGCCGGGUCAUCUACCGAUGUCUCGGACUACACAGUCGCCCUAUUUAAAGUGCUGGCCACCUUUCAGGGUUGGUCCAAUGCAAUGUAUGUCCUGGACGAGGUGAAAGACCCACGCCGCACACUUAAGGUAGCAGGCGUCUUGGGAGUCGGCUCGGUAGGGAUUCUGUAUGUCUUGGUGAAUGCAGUUUUUUUCGUUGCGGCAACACCCAAGGAGCUGAGCGACACCGGUAUCACGGUGGUUGCAUUAUUCAUUGGUAAGGUCUUUGGUCAGCACAUGCAACGCUUUACUGCCAUUCUUGCUGCUUUAUCAUCACUGGGAAAUAUCAUGACAGCGUCUUUCUCAAUGUCCCGAGUCAUACGCAGUUUUGCGCAGGAGGGCCUGUUGCCAUUUUCUCAGUUUUUCUCCGGCAGAUCCAGCUCAGGCUCACCUGCUGGGGCAUUUGCACUGGUGUUUCUCUCAUCGUGUGUCAUGAUCAUCGCUGUUCCUUUUGGGGAGGCAUAUAACUUCCUACUUGACGUAGGACAGUGGGCUGUUGCGGUGAUUCAGUUCUUCGUCGUGUGUGGCCUAUUCAUUAUCCGGAAACGUGUGACAUACCCCCCUCGUGCCUUCAAAGUCUGGACCAGCGUGGCUUUUGUCUUUUUAGCGUCGCAGGUAUUCCUUAUUGUGUCACCGUUUGUGGCCCCAGUGAAUGGUCGCACCAGCUUACCAGUGUGGCUUACGCCGCUCACUGGAACAUUGCUAUUUUGCCUCGGUGGUGUUUAUUGGUAUAUUUGGCGGAUGUUGCUGCCCAAGUUGGGGCAUUUCGCAUGGGAAAAAAGCUCGUUAAUCAGUUCCGAUGGGGAACAAGUGGUUGUUUGGCGACGCGUUCCGAAGAACUGA